AUGUCGGAUACAUGGAGUGACAUCCAAGCGGUGAAGACCAAACAGAGCAGUUUAAGAGCCAAGUUAGCCCAGAGAAAGAAAGAAAGAGAGGGGUUGGCCAAGGAACUGAAUUUGGGGGUUUCUACCUCCUCGUCAACUGUUUCUACAUCAGUCGUAGAUCCAGAGAUUGAAAAGAAACUGCCCUAUGUUUUAACUGACAUUAAUCUAGAAAUACCAGCUGAAUCUACAGUUAUUAAAGAUUUUUUAACAAAGAGUUUAGAGAGAGCUGUCAAUCAAACUGUCGUGGACGAAUUACUCGAGAAAUUUGCAGCUCAACAGCUUAUCAGGUUUGAGUCUUUGAAUAUUGAGCCCUUCUUGACAAUCUCAGCUUCCUACACAAUAAUAACAAAGAUUUUUUUCUUGUAUUUCCAGCUAUCAGCUUUAACCAGUGAUGAUAAAGGUCGGAAGAGGAAAAGAGAAGAUGGAGAUGAAGAAGACAAAAGGAAAGAUGAUAAAAAUUCAAAACAAUCAAAAAAAUCAGCUGAUAUCUUAGAGAGUUUAUUAACCUCCCAGUCAGCUAAAGAAAAAGAAAAUAAGAAAGUGAACGAGGAGAUUCUCCAGAUUCUGAGUAAACCAACAGCUAAAGAACAAUAUUUAGUAGAGAGGUUUAAAUCUAGAGGAGGGGUUCAGUUGAAAGAAUUUUGUCAAGUCGGAACACGAGAAGAAUGUCGUAAAAUGAACAACACGACAGAACCCUGUAGUAAAUUACAUUUUAGAAAAAUUAUACAUAAACAUACAGAUGAAUCAUUAGGAGAUUGUUCUUUCCUUAAUACCUGUUUUCACAUGGAGUCUUGUAAGUAUGUGCACUAUGAAAUAGACUACCCUGAUAAAAAACCUGAACCAGUAAAAGAUAUUGUGAAAUAUAAAGUACCAGAUGUAGAUAGUGAUGUUUAUAUGUUUCCACCACAGUGGAUCCAGUGUGAUUUAAGAAUAUUUGAUAUGACUACGAUUGGUAAAUGUGCUAUAGUAAUGGCCGACCCACCCUGGGAUAUUCAUAUGGAGUUACCCUAUGGUACUAUGAGUGAUGAUGAGAUGAGACGACUAGAUGUUCCAGGCUUACAAGAUGAAGGAUUUAUUUUUCUUUGGGUCACUGGAAGAGCUAUGGAAUUAGGAAGAGAAUGUUUAGAAUUAUGGGGGUAUAAAAGAAUUGAUGAAUUAAUUUGGGUAAAAACUAAUCAGCUACAGAGAAUUAUUCGUACUGGUAGAACAGGACAUUGGUUAAAUCAUGGUAAAGAACAUUGUCUGGUUGGCGUAAAAGGGAAUCCUAAAGGGGCCAAUAAAGGAUUAGAUUGUGAUAUACUGGUGGCUGAGGUUCGAGCUACGAGUCAUAAACCAGAUGAAAUCUAUGGUAUAAUAGAACGCUUGUCACCUGGAACACGGAAAGUUGAGUUAUUCGGACGACCACACAAUGUUCAGCCCAACUGGAUCACUCUGGGUAAUCAAGUGGACGGUGUGAGACUCAAAGAUCCAGAUGUAGUCAAAUUGUUUAAGGAACGUUAUCCAGACGGAAACUGCAUGGAACCACCAAAACCAAGAUGA